AUGAAAAAAUUAGACAAUGAUGAGAUGGAGGAUGAAACAAAUAAUUCUGUCUCACUAACGAGUCUUUUAGAAUUUCUCGAUCCGAUAGCGUCAAAAGUCGUUUCCAAAUAUUACCAUGGCUCGAAUCUUUCCAGAGCAGAACAGAAAUUGAGAAAUUUUGAAGGUUUUAGAAGACGUAAACCGCGCAAGGAACAUCAUAGCCAUCUGCACCAUCUGAAUAGGAGUCGUUCCUUUCUGCAGCUAGAAGAUUUUAAAGUGAAAGCUUUACAAAGAAUUAAGAAUUUAGAUGAGCCUCUAGAUUCCAUUUUUUUCAAAAAUAGCUCGAGAUUAGAGAAAGCGUUCUACCCGUUUACAUUAUUUAAUGUUUUUUUUAUUGGGUUUUUGAUGGGUAGGUUCCCAGAAUGGUUUCACAUUUAUUAUACCAUGCUUUUUUUUGUCCUAAUGCCCAUUCGAUUUUACACAUAUUAUAAAACCAAAAAUCAUUACUUUUUGGCUGACUUUUGUUAUUUUGUGAAUAUUUUAUGCCUACUGUUCAUUUGGAUUUUCCCACAUUCUUCUAGUCUUUUCCAAUCGUGUUUUGCAUUCACUUUUGGAACGUUAUGUUUUGCUGUUAUCACUUGGAGAAAUUCUCUAGUAAUACAUUCAAUUGAUAAAACUACCUCAUGUUUCAUCCACAUCAUACCUCCUUGUGUCAUGUAUGUUAUCUAUCAUGGAUUGCCGCUUGACUACAAGAUUGAUAGAUUCCCAGGGGCAAUCAUUCAAAGUUCAUUGGAUAUCAAAAAGAACAUUCUUUGGACAUCCCUUUACUACUUGAUUUGGCAAUGCCUAUACCAUUACUUCAUUACUUUGAAAAAGUCCAACAAAAUCAAGUCCGGUGAAAGAAUGACAAGUUUUGAGUACUUAACCACUCACCAGUUCAAAAACUUCUGGGCAGUUAAAUUGAGAUCACCUUGGCCGAUGGUGAUUUAUACACUCUCUCAAUACUUCUACCAGUUAUUUACCAUGUUAUUAUGUGGUAUAUGGAUUCGUUACAAGCUAGCUGCAGCUCUAUUUUUAAUCAUUGUAUUCCUUUGGGCAGCCCAUAAUGGGGCUACCUAUUAUAUUGAUCAUUACGGGAAAAAUUUCGAGAAGGAAGUUGAUAGGCUACGUCUUGAAGUCGAAAAUUUACAGCAAAAGUUACAACCUGAUUCGGAUGCGGUUUCUGAUGCAUCUGUGAAUGACAAAGACUUUUUAACUGUCGAUCAUAAUGAAGAAGACGAUUCAUCGAGUACGUCCUCAAAAAGUAAUUAA